AAAAACCGUAAACCACGAGAACGAGUCGGCGCGUAGUUAUUGCUUCUUCGGCUUUUGGUGCGCGCGCGCACGCGACGUUAGUGCAAUUUAGUUCGCCGACGCGCUUCGAAGUCGACGUACAUACAUUCGUAUACACGACGAUACAUCUCGCUCAGCCGAGUAAAGGGUACAAUAAUUAUCACGUAGUCGGGCAGUGCCGUGAUAAAUAUCGCCUGUUCCUGGCGCCGUUACGUAACCCGUUGGACAGAGUAACUGGUUGGUCCCCGGGUCCAUUCAUCGAACCGACUUCGAUUCCUCGCAUCGCGAAUUUAAAGCAAGCCAGACGCGUUAGGCACGCGCCCCGAGAUACGGUGCGAGGCAGGAAGAGGGGGGGGAUUGAAAUGCGUAGAUCACCGCGUGGUGUACUCAACAGUUUUCGAUCGCCGACUACGACGACUACGACGACGACCGCAGCACCAGCAGCAUCAGGUAGUCGAAACGCGGAGCUGUCGAAACACGCGGAUCGCGUCCUAAAAGGACCGGAGAGCAUCAGCAGCGCCCAGCUUUUAGAUUCAGCCGCAGUUGGCUCGAGUGCGCCAGUUGAACGGGUUGUGUCGGGAAAAACGUUCGUCUUUUGUCGCGUCGCGGUGUGAAGAUAACUGAAUACGUGAUUUUAAAUAAACCCCGCCCCCAGCUGCCGCCGCGGUAUUGAAAGUGCCCGUUGUGUUUCUUGUGCCGACCUCUUCUUAACGGACAACCUACCCGACGGGGUCACCUCAACGGACGUCUCAUCCACCAGAGAAAUCGAGAUAUGGCGGACCCUGAGAUCGCAGCCUUCGCCAGCGUGCAGGCUCCGCUCCUGGUCUGCGGGAUAUCGAUAAUACUGGGUGUCAUCGGUCUCGUCGUUGCCUACCUCAUCAAUCGACCCAACGAACGCUCGGAGGGGGGCUCAAAGACCGUCGAUAACUUGACGAGUACCUGCAGAAGCCAAAAAGAGACCGUUAACGAGCCAGGAGGAAACGUGACGGCAAAACGUGGGAAAAAUAAAAAACGACGCGAAGUUCAGCAGGAGUUUACACACUCUUGGAUGGUUGGAGCAUUGAAAGGUCACACCGCGCCUGUCCUGGACAUGGAUUACUCCAGUAACGGGAAGUUCCUCGCAAGCUGUGCUGAAGAUUGCGAGUUCGACCCGGAAGAACUGGACCGUGGCGUCGACAACAGGAAGGAAGGGGUCCGCAUCAUCAACGGCGAGUCUCGAUCGGAGUGCAGCGGAUCUUUACCCGCAUCAUCGAGAAGUAUAACCGGAGACGGUGAUGUCGCAUCGGCAACGCCGGUUCAACGAAACCGGAAGGUCCUGAGCCGUCGACAGAGGAAAAAUCGAACUAAAACGCCACGAGACGCAGGAGUGGCCUCUACGAUCGCCUCGAGCAGCAGCAGCAACAACAGCAACAGCAGCAGCAGCAGCAGUAGCAGCGGUAGCAGCAGCGGCGGUGAAACUUCUAGCGGAAGUCCAAACAACACGCCUCCGGGGGUCCGGAGAAAUCGUUCGUCGAGCGCGACUGGCGCUGGCGACGCUAGCGGCGGUGGUGCUGCAGGCGGUGGUAGAAACGGGAACUGCGCCUUGGGGAAAAACCGAAAGUCCCAAACCGCCCAAGCCGAGGAUCGUCACAACGCCAGCAAACUCUACGAGAAGCUUAACAUCAGCAACGCGGAACUUGAGGCCCUUUUACGGCACUAUGUGGUCCCAUGUGAUCAGCUCAUCGCCAUGGGCUAUCCGAUGGAGGGAGCCGCCUGCCCUGGUCGUGCUAUCAUAUUUAAAGAUGAAAUCAGCUACCGGGCUCCGGUGAACCUCGACGUCAACGCUCGUGAAUUUGUGCCAGCCCGCGGUAAGACCUACAGUGAGAUCACCGCUUCAUGGACUGCGGAGAGGGCCGACAGGUCGGAACGCAGUGAGGACAGCGGACAUUGCAGUGCCAGCUCAAUCGAAAGCUCGGAUGUAGAACCUGAAAGCUCGGACUGCAGUGACAAAGCAUCGGAUAUUGCGGACGGUGGUUUGCCGCUGGGCAAUUCGUCCUCGUCGGCCUCGUCCUCGUCCUCGGACAUAACUGCCAUUGGGUUGGAACGGACCUGCGCCAGAUGCUACAAGGGCUUCCAGGUGAGCUGGGAUACUGGGGAGUACCUGAGCACCGAGGGGUGCGUAUACCACUGGGGGAAGUUGCGUAAUCGCAAAUGGGGAUGCUGCGACGCAGGGGAAUACGCCGGAGGAUGUACUUCGGCCAAGCUUCAUGUCUGGACGGGGCUUACCCCGGGCAUAAAUGGACCCAUUUGCGGUUAUGUCCGCACGAAACCUAGAAAGACGCCACCGCAAGAUAGAUGUUAUGGUGUAUAUGCAUUGGACUGCGAAAUGUGUUUCACGAGGAACGGUCUAGAACUCGCUAAGGUCACCGUCGUCGCGAUCGACGGUAGACUCGUCUACGAUGCCCUAGUCAGACCUGAUGCAGAAGUUAUCGACUACAACACUAGGUUUAGUGGUAUAACGGCCAAAGAUUUAGAAUGCUCACCAAAGUCUCUUCGCGAUGUGCAGAGUGACAUAAUGGGGUUCGUUAACGCGGAUACCGUGCUCAUUGGACACGGCCUUGAAAAUGAUCUUCGAGCCCUGAGGAUAUUUCACUUUACUUGCAUUGACACCGGUGUUGCGUUUCCGCAUCAAUUUGGGCUACCCUUUCGACGCAGUCUUAAAUCGCUAGCUAGGGCUUUACUUAAACGAGAUAUUCAAACCGGGCAUCAUGACUCGGCAGAGGACGCUAGGACAGCCGCCGAACUAAUGCUGUGGCGGCUACGACGUGAUCUAUCCGAUUGCCUAAUCUCUCGAUAACUUAAAGUAUAUCUUACUUCUACGGUGCCCGUCGUCCUACAGUGCGGACAUAGAUAGAAUGGGGAAUACGUUAAUUUAUUUUUACUUUUCCUUAUAAAUGAUGAAUUUUUUUUACGUUUUUUUUUGUUUUUUAUUUUUCAUUUCGACUGCCCUUGAAAAACUGGGAUAGCUAUUAUAUACAAUUACUGUGAUACCUACACCCCAUCACCAUCCCCCAUUAUAUCCUCAUCAUCCGUUGUAUUUGUAUGCUAGAACGCGAUAUACUUGAUAUUAUAAUUUACAAAGAGGAAACCAUGAAACUUUUCCUCUUUGCAUAGCAUAAUACCUUUCUUCUCGAGUGUAUUUGUACAACAAGAUAGAUAUGUGCAAUACGCAUAUGUGCGUGGUAUAUAUUACAUGUAUGCAUAAUUACGUGCGGAGGAACAGCCCAUGAGUCGAAGAAAAAAAACAACAUUGUAACGAAAUAAAAAUAAACAUUGAAAUUUGGUACUUUAUAGCAGACGUUUCUGAAGUUUUUUUUUAAAUUCCUCGAAACAAUUUUACGUCACAAGCUCUUCGAUAUUCUGCACUUGAAUUUCGACGUAAAAUCUGUUUCGAUAUUGUAUAUAUUAACAUAAUUGUAUACGAUGGAGUUCAUACGCAGAUGUACAGCUAUUAAAGUCUUCCACAAAAUAAUACGAGAUUUCUAAACAGGUUUUCUCCGUCAUACUAUUUCGAGUAAAUCAUUAAAUUGAUUGCUGUUGUUUUUUUUUCUUCGAUUCGUUUCGAUGGAAUUUUGUAUGCAGUUGGUGUACAAAACGAUAUACGUGUACAAAUAUACAUAUACAACGGAAUUAUAAUCAUUUACGAAGAAAUUCUCGUGUAAUUGACUUACUUUACCCUGAAAUUUAAAUCUGAGCAAUAUCCUCAAAUUGGAGGUAUACGUGCAGUAAAAUCCCGCGCUUAAAUGCGUGGGCGCAUAUAUUCUUGAUUAUCGUUCGGCGUCAUUCCUUCAUUAGCACAAUCAUCGUCGCCGUCACCGUCAUCGUAUCAUCGUAUCAUAUCGUUUUAUUUAUUGAAGUGACCUUUUGCCAUUUCUUAACACUAUACCCGUGUAAUCUAAUCGCGACACUGCCCCCACAUUUUUUACCUCUCUCCAUUUUCCUCUCCCCGAUCCGUUCGGUGGUUCGCAUUAUCCCUCCUCGCUACAUACACGAUGCACAUAAUAGGUAUGCACACCUACAUUCGUAGAAUCUAGACUUUCUUAGAUACACGUAUCGCACGAGGGGAGAAUAAAUUGAGAAGGAGACGAAGGAGAGGGAGAGAGGGAGUUACAGAGAGUUUAGGAUGAUGGAUCAGGAGACUCGAGAUUCGGUAGUUUAAAUUCAAUCUUAGUUUUGUUUUUUGUUUUUUUUUUGUUUUUUUUUUUUUUUUGUUUUUGGGCUACCGAAUUGCCCCGCCGAAUUCGAGCCAUGUAUAUGAUACAUACGUAGUAAACACUGAAUCUCAAUACGUAAUAUUAUUAUUAUACACCUUGCGUAACCCAUUUUGAAAUCGAUGUUUAAUUUAUAUGAUUAUUACUAUUAUAUUAGACUUAUAUAUACUUAUAUAUACUUAUACAUGAACGUGUGAUUCCUAUAUACGAUAUUCUAUAUAUCAAGUCUCUUUAAGCACAUUAUUGUUACUAUUACUAUUAUUAUUAUUAUUAUUAUUAUUAUUAUUAUUAUUAUUAUUAUUAUUAUUAUUAUUAUUAUUAUUAUUAAGAUUAUCAUUAUUAUAAUUAUGCCUUUGUUACGUUCGUGAUAUACAUACACGCAUACAUGUUUUGCGGGACCUUCUGUCCAAAUUUUCCUCACAUUAAAUACGACGGAAGAUGAAAAGUACAGAAAACGGAAAAAAAACAGAAAGAAAGUGAACAGCUGAGAGAAAAAAAUAAACUGACGAAAAUCUAUAAUUGAAUUGUAAAAAGGUAAUAAGGUACUUAAGUUUAUCCCCCCUACCUAGUACCUGCAGCUCCACAUCACCGUGGAUGUGUAUAGUGGUUAUAUUUUACUCUUAAUUUUUAAUUUAACUUGAUUGUAACAACAUUGACCGUGAUUAUUAUUACCAUAGUUAUUAUUGCUAUUUAUAGGAUUAAAUUUUCCUCUUUUUUUUUUCAAUUUGCAAAUUUACAAGUACGUCAACACAAUUUUACCACUCACGUUGUCGUCGUCGUCAUCGUAACGAUCAUCAUUCGUGGGUAGUAGAUUGAUAUUAGUAUAUAUAGUUAUAGAUAAAAUAAGUAUCAUUUAUACAUAUUUACAUUUACGCACGACCAUUCGUAAGGUGGUAUUCUUUUGGUACCUGAGCGUUUGGUGCGGUAGGUAAGGAAGGCAUACAUAUGUAAUAUAUUAUGUAAUAUAUGCAUAUACAAUACAUUGUGUGUAUAGUUGUGUGUAUGUAACAAUCAGCGAAACCUCGAGAUAUACUUUAUACGUAUAACUAUACAUACGUAUAAACGCUGGGAAGUAAUAGUCAUAAUUAUUUUUAUCGUAACAUUAUAAUAUUGCACACUAUCAUUAUUUAUAACUUACGCAAGAGGUGUAUGAAUAUGAAAUAUUUGUGAAAAUAUCAACGUACGUAGGUAUUUACGUUCUCGGCAACGUGACGAUGACGUCGCAUAUUGUGUACAUAUAUUAAAGUGAGAUAUGAUCGCACAUAACGUAGACGAAUAUACAUAUAUGCGUGUGUAUACAUAUAUAGAGGCGAAAAGGGCUUAGAAUGGUUAGGGGGGAUAAAUCGAAAUGUUUGAAGGAACAAUUUGAAUGAAAAUAUAGAAAGUAACGAUCACCGGUUGUGUACAGCUACUACCGCAUACAUACAUACAUACUUGCACACAUACCGCGCGACGGGAAAGUAAACUACGAGAGUCGCGUCGUCGUCGUGGCGAAAGAUAGUGACCGUGUUAGAUCGGGAGAUAAGUGGAAAAAGAAAAGAUGUUCGAAGAAAAAAAAAAUAUAUAUGUAAUUAUAAUGUAAAAAAAAAAAAAGAAAA